AUUCUUCUUGAAUAUCUAUUAAAUUAUGAUAUAGAUCAGCAUGCCAUCCUAAUUCUCUGUGAGAAAAAAGUAAAACAUAAUAGAGAGGUAAAUAUGCAGGAUGCCCUUUAUGAAUUCUCUGAAGAGGACCUCCUUGAAGAUAAAAAAUAA